AUGAAAAUGCUGGUGGUGUUCCUUGCCCUUGCCAGUGUGGCGUGUGGUUCAAUUGUUCCGUUGGCGCAGCCAGCUUACCAUCCAGCGCUCGUCCUGGAUCCUCAUGGACGGCCUCUAGACACCGCUGAGGUCAUCAAUGCCCGUGCAAUCCACCUACAAGCCAAGGCUCUGGAAGGCCAUGGCGCUCUUGUGCACGCCGCUGUUGCUCCCAUUGCUGUCGCCCCCGCUGUGGUCGCAGCGCCCGCCGCCGUCUCCCACCAGUCUCGUGUGGACGUCCGCACCAGCCCCGCCAUCGUGACCGCCCACGCCGCUCCCGUGCUGGCCGCGCACAGCGCUUACGGCGCACCUCUUUUGGGACACUCCGCUCUCGGGCUCGCCGGCCACGGACACCUGCUGAAGAAGCGCUCCCUGGGCUACCUCUCGUACGCCGCCCCAGUGUACGCCGCCGCCCCCGCCGCCGUGUCGCACCAGUCCCGCGUGGACGUCGUCUCUAGCCCGGCCGUCGUGUCCCACGCCGUCGCGGCUCCUGUGCUUGCGCACGCCGCCGUUGCACCGGUGGUCGCGCACGCCAUCGCCCCCUCUGCCGUGUCUCACCAGUCCCGCGUGGACGUCCGCACCAGCCCGGCUGUUGUAUCUCAAUCGGUUGUGGCCGCCCCUAUCCUGUCAGCACCCAUUCUCGGUGCGCACUCUGCUUACGCUCACUCUGGUUACGGACAUCUGUUGAAGAAACGCUCUUUGGGUCAUCUCAUCGCCCCCGUAACCCUUGCGCACGCUCCGGCUGCUGUCUCCCACCAGGCCCGAGUUGAUGUUGUUUCCAGGCCAGCUAUUGUUACCCAGACUGUGACUGCCCCCGUCAUAGCUCGUACAGCUGUGCUUUCACAUGCACCCAUCGUUCCUCUUGCGCAUUCGUCUGUAUUAUCUGUGCCACUUUCGCGUUCAGUGCAUUCUUCACCCUUAGCUUAUGCGGCGCACUGG